AUGAAUUUAAAAUUUACAGCAAAAAACAAUUUAUUUUUAAGUGUUACACUGGCAGCUUAUGCAUUUGCUCAAUCUUCAUCAGGGCAAUCAACUGCAAUCACUUCGUGCCAUUUUCAUGAAAGUACUCUUUUUUGCAAAAAUGGUAAUGGUGAAGAAGGAUAUGUUACUCCUGCUCCAACUGCCACAUCUGAAGCGCCCGCUCAAUACACAGCAUGCCAUAAUCAUGACAAUGAGUUUUAUUGCAUGAAUGGUUCUGACGAAAUUCAGUUUAUUAUUGCUAAUGCUGAUGAAGCGAUUUCCAGCUCAAUGAGUACAUAUUUAACAGCACAAAGUGUAAGUUCACAAAUUGCUCAAACUACUGCCAUUACAUCCUGCCAUUUUCAUGAAAGUACUUUUUACUGUAUGAAUGGCAGCGGUGAAGAAGGCUAUGUCACUCCAGCACCUACAGCAACAGCAGAAGCUCCAGCUCAGUACACCGCUUGCCAUAAUCAUGGUGAAGAUUACUAUUGUAUGAAUGGAUCCAAUGAAGUUCAAUUUUUCAUUGCUGAAGAACAUGAUGAUCACGAUGAAGAAUCUACUGUUACAUCGCAAAUUAGCAAUAGUGCAUCAGGCCAAACCACAGCUGUGACAGCUUGUCAUUAUCAUGGUACAGCUUACAAUUGCAUGAAUGGAGAUGGUCAGGAAGGUUACAUUGUCCCAGCCCCUACUGCAACCGAAAGUACACCAGCAGAAUAUACAGGUUGCCAUACUCAUGGGUCUAGCACCUUUUGUAUGAAUGGUUUAGAAGAAGUACAGUUUGUCAUAGAUGGAGAAAUAAGCGCCACUUCUACUUCCACAGAAUCAAGUACAUCUACAGAUGGUAUUUCCUGCCACUUCCACGCUGGCGUAGAGCAUUGCGUCGAUGCUGAUGGUAAUACUGUUGAAAGUACAUGUGAAAAAGUCAACACAGAAAAAAAUAUUCGUCUUCGUGUGGGUCUCCUUUUUGCAAUUUUAGCAUCUAGUUCUUUUGCAGUUUUUAGUCCUAUAUUCUUGAGACGAUUUGCUAAUCUUGACCUUGAUGGACCUGUUCUUACAAUUAUACGACAGUUUGGUACCGGUGUUGUACUUUCCACUUCUCUUAUUCAUCUUUCAACUCAUGCAACUCUCAUGUUUAGCAGUGAAUGCGUUGGAACACUUUCAUAUGAAGGUGUUUCGACUUCUAUAAUGCUUGCUGGCUUGUUUAUUGCAUUCUUGAUUGAGUACACUUUUAAUAGACUUCUCAGCAAUAGACAAAAGAAACUUCAACGAAAAAAUUCUUGCGAUGGUCAAGUGUUGGAACAAAAGCCUACCACUGGUUCAGACAACGAAAAUAUGAACAAUGAAAAGCACCAAGUUCAAGUUUCUCAGGUUCCAAAUGGUGGCCAUAAUCAUUCUGAUAGUCUAAUAGAUCCUCAUGACAAACUCAGUGUCAUGAUUAUGGAGGCAGGUAUCGUAUUUCAUUCUAUCCUUAUUGGUAUAACUCUUGUUGUUGCUGGUGACUCAGGCGUCAUCACACUUUUUAUUGUAAUUCUCUUUCAUCAAAUGUUCGAAGGUUUAGCCGUGGGUGCACGCAUCUCUGGAAUCCGAAACGCAUCAAUGGUAGAAAUGAUUAUAAUGGGUACAGUUUUUGCUCUGAUUACACCAAUUGGCAUGGCUAUCGGCCUGGGUGUCAUUAACAAGUUCAAUGGAAAUGAUAGAUCCACUCUUAUUGCUCUAGGUACAAUAGAUGCAUUAUCAGCAGGUAUCCUAUUAUGGACUGGUCUUGUGGAAAUGUUAGCAAUGGAUUGGAUUAUUGGAAGUCUUAAGGACGCCUCUGUAUGGACUUCCCUGUUAGCGAUGGCAUCUCUUAUUGGGGGUAUGAUUCUUAUGAGUGUCCUCGGUAAAUGGACCUAA